AUGGUGUUGUCAACAAUCUCAACAGGUUGCAGUAACUCUUUGAAGAAAAAACACCCUCAUAAAAUGAAGGAUCCAGGAAGUUUUACAAUUCCUUGCUCCAUUAGGAGUGUGAAGAUAGGAAAAGCUUUACUUGAUUUAGGGCCAAGUAUUAACUUGAUGCCCUUAUCUAUGCUGAAGAAGAUUGAUGGUCUUGCAUUGAAGCUAACAAAGAUUUCCUUUAUCAUGGCAGAUGGAUCAUCAAAGAAACCCUAUGGUGUGGUGGAGGAUGUUGUGAUUCGCAUUGAAAGGCUUGAAUUCCUAGUUGACUUUGUGGUUAUAGAGAUGAAGGAGGAUGAUAAGAUCCUGGUUAUUCUUGGAAGGUCGUUUAUGAAGAUGGCCAGAGUAAUUAUUAAUGUUUAUGAUGGGGUAAUUAUGCUUAAAGACCGAGAAGAAAAGGUAAAGGAAGAAGAGAAAGUUGACAAAGGAGGGACAAUUCACUUUGACUUGAAGGAUGCAACAUUCAAGCCUGGUACUCCUGUGAGAUACAAGAAGAAGUUGUAG